UUGAAGCGACAUCAAUUACCACCCACAGCCAUUGCCAAUGAUUUGUAUUUUGGUCCGGUACCUCCCUGUCUUUGUGAUCUUACUUUGAUUGAGGAAGCUUUAAUAGCCAGAUGUCAUGCGAAAACUUGGAUUAUUCAUUUGUGUGACGAUUCUGCAACAAACUCUCCACUGAGGGGACAUGUUAUUGUAUUUCCAGCAAAGCCUGAAGCUCUCUCUCGCUUCUUGCCUCCACCCUUGGGAGAGGUGGUGACUGCAAUGUGUGUCAUCUUUGUGGGUUCCAUGAUGCCCACAAAGGAUUGGCUAAUGAAAAAUGCUCGUCCCUUGUUAGUGCAACAUGAGAAAGUGCGACUGGCUUUAGAAUGGUUGACUGCCAACAACCCCUUGUAUACUGAUGUGAUUUUGAAAAAUUCAUGUUUAAAUGAGCUUCCACUUGAUGAUAUCACACCA